CAAUUUACAAAAAUGUUUGAGAGUUGAAUUCAAUAUAUACCCCACACAUUUAUAUUUAUCAAAUAUAUUCUUUAUUCAUUUUUUUAUGAAAUUUCUUUUUAUAUACUUUCACAUAUAUAUAUAUUUUAAAAUUCAAAUUAGGUACUCUUAAUAUUAAAAUUAGAGGCAUUUUUCAUUCCAUGAGCAAAACUCCACCUACUCAACAAGAGAGAGAAGCACGACUUAGCGAGAAAGCGUUGAAAUUGUGUGUUGCGAUCGGUUGAGAAGUGUUUGUCUUGUUUUUUUAAAAAAUCAAAAAUAAAAAUAAAAAAAAUUCAGAAGGCCACUUAAGCUCAAACGUGUGAGCCUAGCCUCUGUUUUCUGCUUCCCCUAGCAUUUUAGACAAGAGGGAAGAAGAUAUCAGAAAAAGAAAAAAAAAAUUCUUCACUCGACCAGACCAAUUAUCAAUCUCUCUAGAUAUAUACACUCGAUGUAUAUGUAUGUGUGUAUUUAUAUUUAUGUUUGGAAUAAUUAGAGUGAAAAUAAGAGAAUUAUGAAAUCACCUUCGUUUGGGAGAAGCAGUAGUUCGAAAUUGUCGAGUUACAGCCGUGGGUUUGACCUCCCGGACGAUUUAGAGCCAGAGUUUGAUCAAGAAGUUGACAGCUAUGAAGUCGGCGGAGCAAUGUUGUCGGUGUUCCUCAACGACCUCCGUCAAAGCAAUCAGCAAGACCUUGUGGAAGUCACCUUAGAGUUAAACGACGAUGAUUCCAUUGUCGUUUGUAGCGUUGCGCCCACGAUAGCUGGGACCCCGACCAGGCCUCCCGCCGCUGAUGAGGUCUCAGUCUCUGCGGCCAGUGCCGGUGGAAGUAAAAUUGUUAGGAGUCUCUCGAACGCGUCGAGAAGUAUUCGCCGGAAAUUUCCGUGGCUGAGGUCGACGGCGGCGUCGUCGACCGCGUCGGACGCGGAGGAUCAGGCACAGGCAGCGGUGGCCCCCAUUUCAGCUCGUGACGCUCGGAAAAUCAAAGCGAAGCUUCAACGGACGAGAUCGACUGCUCAAAGAGCUCUGAACGGUCUCAGAUUUAUUAACAAGAGUACUACAGGUGCUAAGAACGCCGAUGAGUUGUGGAGGCGAGUUGAGUCCAAGUUCAAAUCGCUCUCCAAGGACGGAUUACUUUCUAGAGAAGACUUCGGUGAAUGCAUAGGAAUGCUGGACUCGAAGGAGUUUGCAGUAGGAAUAUUUGAUACAUUGGUGAGAAGAAAACGACAGAAGAUUGAUAAGAUAAACAAGGAAGAGCUUCACGAUUUCUGGUUACAGAUUUCGGACCAGAGCUUUGACGCGCGACUUCAAAUUUUCUUUGAAAUGGCGGAUAGCAACGAAGAUGGACGAAUCACAAGAAAGGAAGUGCAGGAGCUCAUAAUGCUAAGUGCUUCCGCAAACAAGCUUAGCCAGCUAAAAGAACGAGCUGAAGAAUACGCUUCGCUAAUAAUGGAAGAACUUGACCCUGAAAACCUUGGAUAUAUUGAGUUAUGGCAGCUGGAAGAACUGCUAUUGCAAAGGGACACUUACAUGAACUACAGCAGGUCACUGAGCAUAGCGAGUGUGGGCUGGAGCCAGAACUUGGGCUCAACAUUUAGGCCCAAGAACCUGGUACGGCGGAUCAAUUGGGGACUUCAGUAUCUUGUGCUGAAAAAUUGGCAAAGAGGGUGGAUAGUUCUGUUUUGGUUCGCCGUAAUGACUUGCCUAUUUUCAUGGAAAUUCUACCAAUACAGCCAUAUGGCGGCGUUUCAGGUAAUGGGCCAUUGCUUGCCUAUCGCCAAAGGCGCUGCUGAGACACUUAAGCUCAACAUGGCCCUCGUUCUCCUACCCGUAUGCCGUAACACAUUGACUUGGCUUCGCUCGACUAGAGCUAGGACCUUUGUCCCCUUCGACGACAACAUCAACUUCCACAAGUUAAUUGCGUGUGGUAUAGCCGUUGGAAUCUUUGUUCAUGCCGGGAACCACUUGGCGUGCGACUUUCCAAGGCUGGUAAACUCAUCGCCGGAAAGAUUUGCCCUCAUAUCCUCCGAUUUUGAUGGCGUACAGCCGACGUACAAAGACCUUUUGACAGGUCCAGAGGGUGUGACUGGAAUCCUAAUGGUGGUGUUCAUGGUCAUUGCAUUCACGCUUGCCGCUCGUCGAUUCCGUAGAAACGUGGUGAAGCUGCCGGCGCCUUUCAACAAGUUGACAGGUUUCAAUGCGUUCUGGUACUCUCAUCACUUGUUCGCUUUCGUCUACGUUUUGCUCCUAGUCCACGGACAAUACUUGUAUUUAGCCCACGAAUGGUAUCAGAAAUCGACGUGGAUGUACAUCUCUGUUCCAUUGGUAUUGUAUAUAGCUGAGCGGAGUCUGCGAACGUGUAGAUCAGAGCAUUAUUCGGUGAAAAUAUUGAAGGUCUCGGUGCUACCAGGGCAUGUUUUUAACUUAAUUACGUCCAAGCCAGCAGGAUUCAAGUACAAAAGUGGACAGUAUAUAUUUCUACAAUGCCCAACAAUCUCUCAAUUUGAAUGGCACCCAUUUUCAAUUACCUCAGCCCCAGGAGACGACUAUUUAAGUGUUCAUAUCAGAACAGUUGGGGACUGGACACAAGAACUGAAACGGGUUGUUACUGAAGGCAAUGAUCCAUCAGCUGUGAUUGGUAGAGCUCACUUUGGUCAGCUUGGUGUUUCACAUCAGAGAUGGUAUUAUUCAAGUAACUUUACCAACAUUUUUUUUAGUUCUGCGUCUCUAGAAGUAUUAAAACAGAAAAUCAAAUGCAGCCAACCCAGAUUGUUUGUUGAUGGUCCUUAUGGGGCACCAGCACAAGACUAUCGAAAUUACGACGUCUUACUGCUGGUGGGGCUUGGGAUUGGAGCUACACCUUUUAUAAGCAUCCUUAGAGAUCUUAUAAACACUACCAGAGCAGAAGAGCUAGAUUCAAAUACGGAAACUAGUAGGUCAGAUGACAGCCAGAAUAGUUUUACCUCAUCAAAUUUAACACCUGGUGGGAAGAAGAAAGCACAGAGAACUACAAAUGCCCAUUUUUACUGGGUUACCAGAGAACCUGGCUCUUUUGAAUGGUUUAAAGGAGUCAUGGAUGAUGUUGCAGAAAUGGAUCAUAAAGGUCAGAUUGAGAUGCACAACUACCUAACUAGUGUUUAUGAAGAGGGUGAUGCAAGGUCGACCCUUAUCACCAUGGUCCAAGCUCUUAACCACGCAAAACAUGGUUUUGACAUCCUCUCUGGCACCCGAGUGAGAACUCACUUCGCAAGACCAAAUUGGAGAGAAGUGUUUACCAAAAUAGCAUCAAAACAUCCGUAUUCGACAGUAGGGGUCUUCUACUGUGGGAUGCCAGUGUUGGCAAAAGAACUGCAUCAGCUAUCGCAUGAGAUGACUCAAAAGACAUCCACCCGUUACGAGUUCCACAAGGAGUAUUUCUGAAACUACACAUUGGCCGUCAGCACCAAGCUGCUAAUUCAUUGUAAUCAUUCAAAUGAUUUAUCAAAAGAUACAUAUCAUAUAAAUAUAUUGUACAAUGGUAGUAAGCUCAAAAAUGUAAAUUCCAUUUUUGUAUACAAGCGAUAUUGAACAAGAAAUAGAUAUAAUAAACCAAAGUGUAAAAAAAAAAAGAAGAAUAACACAUUAUCGAGUUUCAUUUGCUUGAAACUUGGCAUGCUCAUUCGAAUAUGCAAUUUAUUUAGAAACAAUUAAUAUUAAAGAAUUAACAACAUUCUUUGUGGA